GAUAAGCACAAUCCGCCAUGGAAUUUCGAAAUGAGACGGUCUCCAGAAAACAUCGCCGAACCCCUCUAGAUCUAUCACAAUGCACCGCUUCCUUUCAAUAGUUAUUCUUGGAAUUUCUUGGAACCUGCCAGCUGUACUGGGGGUGCGGUGCUUGAGAUGUGACUCUAUCACGGAGCCCCGCCUCUGUACCCAGUUGGAGACCUGCCACAAAGGAGAGGUAUGCGGCGUGGAGCAGAAGAGAUCGGAUAACGGAGACAUUUCCUAUUGGACGGGAUGUAUCUCACCAACAAGCUGCAUUUCAGAGGACUCAAUUGUCUCGGCCAAAAGGACCGGUUACUAUGACAACGAAGUUAUCUGUCGUCACUGUUGCUCCAGUGACCUAUGCAACUCCAAGGGAUGCGGUGCGAUAGGCUACCCAGCUGACCGUGGGCCCUUGUGUUACGAGUGUAAGAACUUGGCCGAUCCGAGCACCUGUCACACUAUCGCCUUCUGUACCCACAAUGAGAAAUGCUUCGUUGGAUCAGAAGCACAUUUUGGACAACUGUACUAUACAACACGUUGUGAGCCUCUCCACGCAUGCACGGCACUGGAUGUGUCCUCUCCCCUCGGAAAGCGAGCCCUGCCCUGUCGUCACUGCUGUACCGGGGAUCUCUGUAACAGCAGCUGUAAAGUGUAGAACAGGACAGUUGGCGGCUGUGUUUGGUGUUACUGACCCUUGUUGUUUGUAUCGUCACAGCAAAUGUGGUAAAUGUGAAAAUAAAUCUAGAAGUCAACCUAAAA